GUAAUUUAAACAGUCGUUUUCUAUCACCACAAACUAUCUUAUUAUAAAGUGAAAGGUGUUUAAAUAAUAUCUAUUAUAGUGUGCUGCAUUUAGAUUUAAGUAAUGGAUAGCUUUUACUUAGAUUGAUAUAGGAUUUUGACAGCAUUGGAUAUUUUAUAUACCUUUACUGAUAGAUGGUUAUUGCUGAAAAAAGACGAAAAACACCAGCAAAUCUUUCAUCAGAAGAAACAGCUUUCAAACUGAAAAAAGGCAGGACAGACUCAUCCUCCAAGCGUAGGAUUGCAUUGCAUAAAUAUCCUCCAAGCGUAGGAUUGCAUUGCAAAAUUAACUUGUACCAAUUAAACUGACAAAUCAACUGGUCUUUAAAAAAAGUCUUAAUCAUUUUCUUAUAAUUGACCUUGCAAGUGGGGCACUGGAAUUUGUGACGUCAGAGAAUAUCAUGUUUAAAGUUCAUGAACAAAUAUAAUUAUAACUGAACAUUUAACCAUUUAAAAGGAUUUCAAUAGAUCGAUUGAACCAACCAUUUUUCAUAUAUAUUUACCUUUACAUAUUGUUACAAAAGAAGGACAUUUAAUGAGACUUUUGACAAAUUUACACAUGCGCAAUGAAGUCUGAUAAAAGAUUUGCAGACCCUUUACAAUCAGUUUCAAAUAAAACGUUCAACAGCCAACAUCAAAAUCAAAAUGGUCUUAACAUAAAACGCUAUCGAUCAGCUAAUACUGGGAUAAGAAGAGCAAGUGCCAUUUCAUAUGAUAUAGGAACUAUUCAAGAGGAAUGCUUAAAUACAAAACCUUAUGAUAGUUUCCGAAGAAUGAGCGCUCCUGAAUUACCACCUAUUUUAGAUUCAAGGAAAUAUUCUAACACUCAAAUCAACAUGGGCAACGGUACUGAAUAUUUCAGAACUCGAAGUAAUAAAAUGAGUAACAAUAGUGACUCUUCGCAGAAAGGUGUUCAUAUAAGACGUUCCCCUCUUAGUGCUGGGUCGUCUUCUUCGUCAGCAAGGAAUUCAGCAAAUGCUUCACGGAAAUUAUAUAUUACCACAACUCCGGAACAGACAACGACUACAAUUCCGGAGGGAAUUAAAUUGGAUGCUAUUAAACAGAAAAAUGGAAUUUCCGUUGGAACACCACGUUCGGUAGUAACGAAUGGUUUUCGGACUACUCGAUUGCCUUCUAAAGAUAUGUCAACAUCUAGUGGCAAUAACAACUCUAAAUCUGGAGGACAAAAUAAAUUCUAUCAUUGUGCAAGUGAACCAAGAAUUCAACCAAUUGAAAAUUUUAUGGGAAGUAAAGGAGGAAAACCAACGAUGAAAAGAAAUUAUUCAGACAAUAAACUCACACAAAAUAAAAAGUUAAUUUCUAUAGAGAAAACACAAAACUUAACUCAGAAUAAUAACAAGUACAAUUCCGGAAAUGUGAACGGUAUGAGGCGGUACUCGUCAACGGUUCAGUUAAAUAGUAUAGUGAGAAAUAAACAAGAAAAUCAAGACGAUGAAGAUGACGAUGAUACGGACUCAGAAUCUGGAAAAGACCAGAUGAUCAUCGAAUGGCUGAUUGGGGUAGAAAAAGAGGAUGUCGAAAUUCCUCCAGAUCCUUUAAUAGAGUACGCCGAAACACCGGUGCAAACUGACACAGCUAUUCAUAUUGUAUAUUCGGAAUCAUAGCCAUUCGGAAGUGUGUUCUUUUAUUAUAUACAGUGUAAGUUUGACGCAUUUAUCACGUUAUUUAUUGUACUUUUGUUAUCGUUUCUUGUUGUGCUGGCAUCGCAACAGAUUGGACAGACAUAUAUAUAUAUAUAUUUACAUGCUUUUCUGUGAUAUGAACGUAUGGUGAGCGAAUGGGUAAAUAGUAAAACAAGUUUGUUCAUUAACUUUUGGCAUGAUGAACCCUAAUUUUAAUUUUAAAGGCAUGUACAAAUGUCGUAAAAAUGUGAAAUUUUAAACAUGUUAUAAUUGUAUUUUUUUCUAUUCUUAAAUAUUGAAAUAACACGUUUUUGAACAUAAACUACUAAGAAAAUUUGAAUCUAUGAAAUCACAUGCCUCUGACAACAUUCAACUUCUUUUUGUCACUACUUCAACAGUCUGACGAUUUAUAUUAACAUAUCGAUAUAUAUUAGAUAGUAAAUAAACCUUAUGAAUAAAUCUUUAUGACUAUUCAUAUUUUUCAAAUACCGUUUCUGACCCAUUUCGCACAGAUGUAUUAAAAUCUUCCAAUUUUAAUAACUAUCCUUUUAAAUCGAUAAAGUAUACAUAUAUUGUAUUUGAUAAAUCUUUUCGGUAGUUGGUCCUAUUUUCAAAGAAGAAAAAGUCCAAACCUUCUGUUUAGAUGUUUAAAUAACGGUAAAUUAUGAACGGGUAUAAUUUUGCUUUAUCAUAUAAGGUUUCUAUACGAAAGGGAUUGUUUGUCAACAUUUGAUUUAAAGAAAUACCAACACCCGAUUUUUACAACCGGCAUUUUACGACAUUAAUUGUUCAUCAAUGUUUAUGGCAUUUUAUUCUGUAUGUCGUCUGACAUCACCUUGAAAACUGUUCUGCUUUUACGACAACCGUUGCUGGGAAAACUGAAAAUCGAUAAAAAUAACAUGAAGUUUUCUCAAGCUGCUAAUUUGAUGAAUUUAAUUGCUAUUGAUUCAUUUGUAAGUUCCUUUAUUUAUAUUCUCAUAGAACUUUUUUAAAAUAUUAGUAACUUUCGACAGUUAGAUGAUACUCUUAGAUUAUUUUGAUUUAAAGACUUAAAAUUCGAGAUCUAUCUUUAUUUAAAAAUAGAUAAAUUUAUCUUUAUUUGUUGGAAUUAUAAAUCCCAGUAAUAGAAACACAGAUUUUUCACUAUAACACCCACGUUAAAUUCCCCAUGGAAUUAUGUUUUAAAUGUGGACACAAUUAUCAUAUACUGUCCAUUUGAUCUCUACCUAUUUGAACAAUACUGCGAUUAAAAUUAACAAUAUUUAUUUAAAUAAUGGGAUACGAGAUUCGAAUGUCCCCCACAAUGCAACAAAAAUUUAAAAUCUCUUAAAUAAUCCAUCAUCGGUUUAUAUGAUCAGAGGAACGGAUGAUUUGGACAUUGUAGGUAGAAUAAAAACUUUUAGAUUUUAAUUUGAUAUCAUUGUUGUACAAUCAUCUUUGGAAAUCAUGAAAUUAUUAAGGAUAAAGACUUGUUAUUGUCGUCCGAAUGGUUUUAUGAAACAAAAAGGGGGAUAUUUUCUUUGGUGAAAAUUAUCGUAUGCAAAUUCAACCUUUGUCCUUUCAUUUUAAGUUCAUACGAAAUAAAAAAAAAAAUUAAGCAUAAAAUAUGAUAUACUACAAUGUAAACUGUGAUUAAAAUUGUGUUUUAGAAAUCAAAGAGAAAAAGAAAGCCCGCGAUCUUAACGUUUAUACUUUAUUCACAUGGAUUUUAUUAGAUUCCCACAAUUUUUGUAAUUAACGCGUGCGACUAAAUAAUUCAAAGGUAACAGCUAUAUUGGUCAUGCAAUUUACUUAAAUAAGAAGUUUAUUUUUAGUUAUUUGCUAUAUACAUCACUUUACCUUAUAAUUAAUUACUAUAAACAUAAAAAAUAACAUAAAUAUUGUAUUUCUAAUAUUCUUAAAAAGAAAACAAUCAUAGCAACCAAAACCUUAAUAAACUGUUGACUUGUACAGUAUGGAAAUCUUUAUUUAACGAACUUUGAUUGGUUUUAUGCAUACAUAUCGAUUAAGCGAAAAUUAUUUUGUUACUUUGAUAAUUGGAUAAUAGCUACUUAAAAUAAAGUACAAAUAAAACUAUUGUACGUGUGAGUGUAUGGAAGUUUUUGUGUCAUGUGACGUGGCCCGAAAAGGGGCGAAAUGAUGUCUUUCAAUAUUUGUUAUACUUUCGUUCAUUUUACUUUCGUAUUCAAUACUUCAUUUUUCAUGUAUUAUGGCAAUAUCAAGCAAUAUCAGACUUUUGAGACUUAUCUUGUAACCUUGAACGUGUGUACCAGGGACCAUAACUCUCUUUAGUUUGUAAGCAAUAUCAAGUUAAUCUACUUCUACUAGUGAGUGUUUUUCUGCUAAACAUAGAUAUUCUUUAAAUUUUUCAGUAGAAUUUUUUUAAUAUAUAUUCGUUUUGAAUUGUAAAGGAAUUUGUUCUCUUUUGAUAAUGUUAUUGGCGUUAUCGCCAGCAAAAGAUUUCAACUUCCGGUUGUCGUUUCUAACGUUACAAGCUGGAAUAAAUUGCCAGUUGAUGAUUCCAAAUGUGCCAAGUUUGAAAUGUUGGGGUUCCAUUAUAUCUGUUUCUUGAAAAUAAUAAGCUCCAAAAAUAAUAAAUAUUUUAUUUUUUCAUUUGAGGAACCCUAACUAAGUGUGUCGGAUCGUAGAAAGUUUCAUACAGAAUUAACAAAUGAAGUACAAGUAUUUGUCUCUUAAACAUUUCGAUUUUUUUCAGUAUGGAGAUAAAUCUUCAUAAUUAGUAUAAUGUAUUCAUUGUUUUAAGAUUGUGUUUGAAUAUUCCUAUAUGGUGCUAUUUUCUCUUAUCUGUGAUUGCAUUGCAUUCUUCGAAAUAAAGGACACGUUUUCCGUUGUCGUUUCGGAUUCCAUGUAACCGCUGUUUCGGAGAAAAGUAAUGCGAAGAAGAGCGAGUUUCCCGACACUUGUAACUUAAUAAUGUUUUGUUAGUUACUUAUGUCGGGAAUCAGGAAAAUGUUUGUUAAUUUUGCAAUUUUUUGUUGUAAACUUAUUUAUAGUUAAAUCAAAAGUUAAAUCAAAAUGUACAUGUAUAUGUGUACCUGUAAACAAGUUUUCACAGGAGUGCAUUUAGGAAGCCAGGUUUGGCAUAGGAGAUACCAUUCACUAUUUAUUUAAUAGAUGUGAAAUUUAUCACUCAAAAUAUAUUUAAGUUCAUUAAUUCAUAACUCCAUGACAAGGGAAUUUUAUUCCAGAAGAUAAUAUUUAUCUAGUCAUUUGAACACAUAAACCCUUAAAGUAGAAGAUACUUGCUAAUUAUAAUAGACAAAAGACGUCAAGAAAAUCGGAACCAAAAUUUCAUACAUUUGUGUAAUUGUUUUUCUUGCAUAUUAAGUUAACGAAUUUCGUAUAUCAUGAAAUAUAUUUUCUUUCCGCUUUCUAAAUAGAUUUUUUUGAAAAUUAGUGCUAUAAUUUUUAGAGUUGAGCUUUGUGAAAGCUUGCACAAAGACUGCUCAAUUGGCCGUUUCAUAAUGUAAAGAAUCAUGGGUAAUUUCAUUGUUCGUACCCCAAAAUGAAAAUGACGUCACGUCAUUGGUUAAAUUACCAUUGUUUAUGACAUUUUUAACUAAUUAGGACAUUUUGGUUUACACUUUUGAAAAUAUUACACAGGAUGCAUCAGAUUUUGAAACGGCUAAUUAAAUCCGUCCUGAGCCUUCUGUUAUUAUAUGAAAACUGAAUAAAAUGUUAAAAACCUUA